GAGUGAGUGUGUCAGUCAGAAUUAGAGAGGUAAAGGGGGGGAGAGAGGGACUGGAACAUGUCUUGGACAAUAUCAAGGAGAGAAGUUGCCCUCUGGAUCUGUUUACUGAUGUGCUGCUGGCUUGGACAAUGUUGCAGGCCAAGAUUUUCCAAGGUCAGUUAUAAUGCCCUUGUCCCAGUGAACAUCUCCACAGGACAAUUUCUUCUAAUGGUGAAAUUUCACAACUGCGGGCAAAAUAUCCAGCUGUCGACCAGUGACAAAAGAUUUGUAAUCCAUCAUGACGGACCUGUGCGUGCAACCCGGCUUCAGACGAUCAGUUCAGUGUACAGGUUCCAAGUGAUUGCAAAGGACUUGAAGACUCGGGAGACAUUUGAAGCCCAUGUGAAUUUACACCCUUCAGAAAAUCAUUUGAUUCACCGAAAACACAAGAUUAUGAAAAGAAGCCCUGAAAUAAUCUAUUUUCCCAAAAAAAGCAUUUCCAGAUGGCAGAAAAGGGAGUGGAUCAUUCCUCCGCUUGACAUCAUGGAAAACGAGCUACCAAAUAAGAAUCCCAUUGCUAUUAUUAGGUCAGACUAUGAAGAUAAUGGAAUAAAGGUUACAUAUAAAAUUUCCGGAAAAGGUGUUACCGAGCAGCCAAUCGGUUUGUUUGUGAUAGAUCCGAUUACUGGUGAAUUAAAUGUAACCCAAAGCAUUGAUCGGGAGACAUACCCUAACUUCACAUUGAUAGGUGAAGCCUUUGAACUUCAUUCAAAUAGACAACUGGAACAGAAACUGGACCUUAUCAUUCGUAUCCUAGAUGCAAACGAUAACUCUCCAGAAUUUUCACUAGAAGUAAUGGAAUGCAGCAUUGCAGAAUUGAGUUCAGUUGGAACCAUCGUGCUACAACUCAACGCAACAGAUAAGGAUAUAGGUAAAAAUGCAAAGAUUGCCUACAAACUUCUGUCGGCAACCAAUUCAUUUUGGAUCCAACAAAGCGGAGCAGUCAAAGUUAACAUUGCAAAUCUUGAUCGAGAGACAAAAAACAUGUAUUCCAUAAUCGUCGAAGCCCGUGAUGAUGCUGGAAGUUCCAACGGAUUAACUUCAACGGCGACUGUUCACAUUAAGAUAACAGAUGUCAAUGACAACGUUCCUAAAUGUGAAAAAAAUGAGUUUGAACAAGAUGUGAUGGAAAAUCUACGCAUUGGUGAAGCGCUACGCAUCAAAGUAUUUGACCUUGAUCAAGAAUUCACUGAUAACUGGCUUGCAAAAUUCAUAAUUAUCAAAGGAAAUGAAAACGGAUACUUCCGAAUUGAUGUGGAUAACAAAACAAACGAAGGAAUUUUGGUCGUUCAAAAGGAAUUGGAUUAUGAAGAAAUGCAAGAAAUACAGCUGGUUGUGAAGCUUGUGAAUCAGGCAGCAUACCACAGCUCAGUUUCUACUGUUGAUCAAGCCAGCACCAUUACAGUAAAACUCCACGUGAAGGAUCAGAAGGAGGGCUUUAAAUUUAAGCCGAUAAGAUGGAUCGUGAACCGUACUGAAACUACAAAAACUACAACCUUCACCAAUGAAGUACUUGGAAAAUACGUAGCAGUGAGUGCUGACAGCGGGAAAGAAAGUAGUCAAACCACGUACGCAAAGCAUGUCGAUCAGGCUAACUGGGUAACUGUUAAUUCUGUUACCGGUGAGAUCACCCUUAUCAAGCCGCUUGAUCGGGAAUCAAAGUACGUAGUCGAUGGGAAGUACAUUGUGACAAUAUUGGCCAUAAAUCAUGAAAGCUCUAUUUCCACAACAUCCACUGGCACUAUCAUUUUGAAUGUCGAAGAUUCCAAUGAUAACGUUCCCAUCAUUCAAGAUUUAGAGCCAUGCAUAUGCGACAAGACCAAAAUGAUUAAAAUCACCGCUGUUGACAUCGAUCAGGUUCCAAACUCCGUUCCUUUCACAUUUCAGCUGGGAAAAGACCAAAUCAACAAGUGGAAGAUUGGACGCGCAGAUGCGACCAGCAUGCAGCUGAUUCCGUUAUUUGACUUGUGGCCCGGCAGCUUUGAUGUGCCAAUAAAAGUGCAAGACAGACAGGGGGCUGGCUCCAUGCAGAAUGUUCGGAUCAGAGUUGUCGAGUGUGAUGAUGCUCCUACCUACGGUGUCUGCGCAGCAAAGAGCGUGCAACGGUUUACUGCCCUCGGCGGUUCUGCAAUAGGUCUCAUGCUUCUCGGAUUCCUUCUGCUCCUGCUUAUCCCCAUGCUAUUACUAUUCUGCAAGUUCGGUAGUGAUCACUCGGGUAAAUUUGAACAAAUUCCCAGUGAACCUGUGUGGAACCUGCCAAUACAGGACGUGGAGGGACCAGAACCAGUGGACCCGGGUGAAUGUGGAAUCGGAUUAAUAAAUGGUUCCUGUGCAGUAAAUGGUUCCAGUGCAUACAUUGGUUCCAGUGCAUACAUUGGUUCCGGUGCAUACAUUGGUUCCGGUUUAUAUGGAGGAGGUGGUGGAGUUGGAGGAGGUGGUGGAGUUCUUGGUGGAGUUGGAGGAGGUGUUGGUGGAAGAGGAGGUGGUGGAGGAGGUUUUACAAUAACUGAAACUAGCAUCAUUGGUGAUAACCACAACCACAACCAUAGUGUCAUUUUUAUACCGGGAGGCCAUAAAGAUUCCAGCAGUCAAUGCAUUGGACAAACGAUUCAAAGUCAAGUUGGUUACCAGUCAACAAAAAUUGGAAGGAGUGAUAGAUACUGUGAAUCCUCCAUUGAAAAAUACUUUAACGAGAAGUUGUACGGCUCCGCGGCAAAGACGGAAGCCUUCGCACGCGACACUCUGCUGGUUUAUAAUUACGAAGGACUGGGCUCCCUGGCAGGCUCCAUCGACGACUUGCACGAGGGCGAGGUGCAAGAUUUAUCCUUCUUGGAUGAUUUAGGACCAAGUUUCAAGACCUUAGCCAGCAUCUGCACCGGUACGUUUGAGAGCGAAAUCUCGACAGUAAACACCAACACUGUGUCCGAAACCUCUGUCAUUCAAGAGGGAUGGAGUUCAUCUACUGCAGGGAAGAUGCACACCAAUGCAGACAUGCUGCAGCCAAUGCACAUAAAAGUAAUAACUCCCCCAAAGCAAGUUGUCGUGACCACGAGAAUUGAAUCCCCCAUGGAGAUCAUGCCACAGGUGAUCCAAGGGCCCGACGUGACCAAUCUCUUCAUCAAUAAGAAUGUUGUGAGCAAGUCGGUUCAUGCUUCCGGUCAGGAGUUCCACGGAAUGACCGGUCUGCCAGGGGCAGGCAUUGGCUACCAGGAGUUGGUGAGCCAGUCCACAUCUACUUUCCACCCGGGCGGGAUGCAAGAGGCUGCCAUCGUCGUCGAACCCCAGACCGUCGUCCAAAAAAAUGUCAUCCUGAACAGGUCGACCAAUUCUCCCAGGAGGGAGAUGCAGAGCGUGCAGUUUGGUACUGAGUCGGAAAACCAGAGCAACGUAAUGUUCACCAACAGAUCUGUGCAAUCUGGGGAAGUCUCACACAGCACAGUGACGAAAGUAGUGAAAACUGCCAGCCUGCUGCAGUAACAGCCCUCUGGUUCCACGUCCACACAAGUCAUCAUGCAAUCUCACUGGAAAAACACUACCGCUUUGGGGGAGGGGAAAGAAAAUAAGUGCACAAGCGAUCGUGAAGUGCAGGCAAUUUGGGAAAAAGGGGUCGGGGGAACAUGCACGCUUUUAGAAGCAAGAUCUUUUUUGUAUAUGUUUAUGUUCCAAUGUAUAUUUUGCGUUCCAGCUUAGGUUGGCAAGAACCAACACUUGGGGACUCCAGAGAGGGCAUUCUUUUGUACACUUCUUAUCGCUGAGUCAGUGACAAAUUAAGCAAGAUGUGUGUUCUAUUUUUGUUAAUAGUAAUUAAUGGUAAUUCAAGUUGAGGUACAGAUCAGCCAUGAUCUUAUAGAAUGGCAGAACAGGC